AUGGGGGUGCCAGGGAUGGGCAGUGGCUGGAGCCGCCACCCAGGGGAGGGGUGGCCACAGCAGCGAGUGACAGCCAGUGCACAUGGCUGGGGACACCGGGAUGGCCGGGAAGCCCAGACCCUCAGCCUCACUGGUGCCCACACCACCCAGCUCCUGGUGGAGCCCCCCUGGAGGCCAGCAGUGCUCUGGGACCGGGUGACACUGACCUGCCAGGGCUCAGGGACUGCUGGUGCCACCAUCUGGUACAAGGAUGGGCAGCGGUGGGGGCAGGAAAGGCGCGAUCACUUCACUGUCACUGAGAUUGGCACCUACACGUGUGAAAGACCCGGCACCGGGCUCAGUUCUCCCGUGAGAGUCUCAGACGCCCAGUUAGAGUUGCGGGUGUCAGCACGGGAGCUGCUGGAGGGGGACACGGUGACACUGCGCUGCCAGCACUGGCGGGACUAUCCUGUCACCAAGGUGCGAUACUUCCAUGGAGUCAAGGAGGUGGAGGGGUCCCGUAGUGGGACCGAGCUGUUGUUGUCCCUUCUGCAGCUGCACCACAGUGGAAACUACAGCUGCAGGGGCUUGGUGGAUUCCGAAAUGUCAUCGUGGGCACAGUCAUCGCCAGUGACAGUGACAGUGCACGAGCUCUUCUCAGUGCCGGUGCUGGAGGGUCCCCUCGAGCCCAUUGUGGGGUCCCCCCUGACUCUCAGCUGCCUCAGCACCCCCAGCCCCCUGAGGCCCCGAGCCUUCCUCCUGCACGUGUUCUACCGGGACGGGCAGGUGGUGGGGGGCCCUCAGGGGUCCCCACAGCUGCUGGUGCCCGCUGUGGGGGUCUCCCACUCGGGGAAUUACAGCUGCCAGGUGCAUUCCGAGGGUGGGGCCGUGUGAAAGAGCAGCGCCUGGAUCCACAUCACGGUGCGCAUGCCUGUGGCCAAUGCCACCAUCACCCCCGGUCACCUGUCACACCAGAUACAUGCAGGUGACAACGUGACCCUGCACUGCUCGGUGCAGGUGGGCUCAGCCCCUGUCACCUUCACCUGGCUGCACAACGGGCAGGAUGUGGCCUGGGGUCCCCUCCUGGAGCUCAGGGACAUCGAUGUGGGACAUUCAGGCACCUACCAGUGCGUGGCCACCAACCAGCUGGGACAGGACGGGCACCGCGUGUUCCAGGCCUUCAGCCCUGAGCUGGCCCUGGAGGUGACACCUGGCUCACCCUGGGUCAUAGGUGGGUUCACACAGGUGGCUGCAGGGGUCGGUGGGGCCCUUUUGUUCCUGCUCCUGCUCGUGGCUGCCAUUGUGACCUGGCACCGGAGGCACCGUGUGGGUGGUGCUCCCCCGGAUCCCCUGGCCCCCCCAGAGGAGGGGGAGGUGCUGUACACCCACGUCGUGGUCACCAAGAGGGCAGGGGCGUCCCCCCGUGCCACCACCCUACAGGAUCCCCAGGUGACCUACGCGGAGCUGCGGGGACCCCAGGGGCGACCGCUGGAACCUGGUGACAUCUACGGGAAUGUGCUCUGA